AUGAACUGGGCUGAGUUCGAUCUGCAUUUGCUGUGGAGCAAUUUACAGGUUUUUGGUGGCGAAAUAUGGACAUCGGCCUCACUGGGUACCCUGAAUGGAGUACGUCAUGUCGUUGAGCACCCAUCAGGUCCUGGGUUCGAGGUUGGUAUGAAACUCCCUUGUUGCUUCCUUAACUCAUGUACCACAAAGGUUUAUUGUGAUGAAGAUGAUGAUAGUGAUACUAGUGAUACUGAAGAUAGUAGUAAGCAUAAGGUUCGUGCGUGUUAUCUGACCAUGAGUCGUUGGAAGAAAAAAGAGGAAAAAGAGAAAAAGAAGCGAAUGAAAAUGACUCAGGUCACUAUGGGGGGUGUACCGCUUCAAACUCGGUCUAGUCAGCCGAUACAUGUACCCGAGUAUUCUCAGGACGAUCUGGAAGAGGGGGAUGAGGAUGAGGAGGAUGAGGAUGAUGUGCAGGACAGUGUUAGGAUGGGUGCACAUCACAGAGAUACGCCUAUGUACAAUCUUAGUAGUUGCCCUCCUCCUCGGUACUCCAGUUGUCCCCGGCCUGGUCCUCGCGGUUUACCCUCUCCCCCUAUCCCUAUCCCUUCUCCUAUGAGUGGUGAGUGGCGCAGUCCAUAUCAUAGUCCCUCUUUCCCGCAUCCGGGUAAAUUCCCACAGGGUAUAUCCACCGGUAGUCAGCCUCGUCCCCUCCGCCCCGCUCAGGCAUCUUCCCCCUACAUUGAUCCUGUACCCCCUCGCGGAGGUCCCGUCUCCGCUCGAGUAUCUACACGUCCUCCCCCUCUCAUUGAUCCUAUGGGCCCUAGCCGAGGUCCCGGAUCCACUGCAGUAUCUACACGUCCAGUUACCACUACUGCAUCAUCAGGCGGCAGCAGCCAGUCGAGAGUUUCUGAUAAAAUUGAUCCGACUACAUGGCUAGUGACAGAUGAAGUACCUGAUCAUCUUCGUCAGGUUAGGGAGCGUCUCGACCGUUUCACCGAGUUAGAGGUAAAGUGGGAGCCAUUUGGACCUGGCCAACAAGGAAUAGUUCCUAGGACCAUCUAUAGUGGGUGGAUAAUGUAUAGGAACAUGCAGGAGCCAUACAUGGCGGACAGAUGUAUACGUCAGAUUGGCUACGUACAGAGCAUUCCUCGUUCGCCCAUGUCCCCUGAUGAUGCAUUCCGAGGACCCAAGACUACCCAGUACUUUGUCCAGGAUUCUGCUGUUGACACACUCAGUACUUGGAGGAGAUUCUCGGAGUCAGCGUGUCUUAAUUUGACCAGAUGGCGAUACAAUUAUAACGGUGACAUCGUAGGAGAGUGUGAGGAUAGGUACCUUGAAUGGUACAGGCAGUAUUCACAUCCAUUUCUGCUACCGACAACUGACCCAUCUGCAGUUUCUACCAGCUAA